GUAAUCAAAGUGGGUUUCUUUCACUUUUUUUCUUAGUUGUGAUAAUCAUCUCUAAUGGCAGCUCAGCAUCAGCAUUGGUACGUUUGCGAGCUAAUAAUUUAGAAUAUAUUCUCUUUCACUCCACCAAAUCAUGUGGGAGCAUGAGGAUUUCUAGUGGCGAAAACCCAAAAAGAAAUCACUAGUGGUUGGCGGAGGAUUAAAAAUCUGGACAGUUUGGCGUAUGAGUUGACUAAUCAAUCGAGGUCUUUUUUUUUUGGGUCAGUUGUUUCGGAGUUUAUUGUUUCAGGUUCUUACACUGUUUAAACCCUCUUGUAUAUAUGCCUUUCUUGAUGUUAAUGUUCUGCAGUCCUAGAUUGUCUAAUAGACAACAUGGGUUUAUUCAAAAUUUUGUUUUGGGGGAUAUUUUGUGUUCUGUUGCUAAGGAGUGGAAUCGGAAUCGGAAUCGGAAUCUCUGGCCCCCACUAUUCUGAGGAGGAUUUCCCAGCUCUUGAGGUAACAGGGUCAUCAAAUAAGCAACCUUACAGAACCUCUUAUCACUUCCAAUCACCUCAGAAUUGGCUAAAUGAUCCUAAUGGACCAAUGCAUUAUAAUGGAGUAUAUCAUUUGUUCUACCAAUACAAUCCACAUGGAGCAGUUUUUGGAGAUGGUAUGGUAUGGGCACAUUCUGUAUCAUAUGAUCUUGUAAACUGGAUACAUCUCGAUCAUGCCCUUUACCCAACCGAACCCUAUGACAUCAACAGUUGCUGGUCUGGUUCUGCAACAAUCCUUCCAGGAAAUAAACCUGUUAUCUUAUACACAGGAAUUGAUGCCAACAAAUGUCAGGUGCAGAAUUUAGCAACCCCGAAGAAUUUAUCUGACCCUUUACUUACAGAAUGGGUGAAAUUUUCUCAAAAUCCCAUCAUGAUUCCACCAGAAGGGGUUGAGCCGGACAACUUUAGGGACCCGACAACUGCAUGGCAAGGGCCUGAUGGGAAAUGGAGGGUAGUUGUUGGAGGCCACUCCCAUAGAUAUAAUCGAGGAAUGGCAAUUCUGUAUCAUAGUGUGGAUUUUUUCCAUUGGACCAAGUAUCAAGAUCCUCUGUACUCGUCAGAGGUAGAAGGAAUGUGGGAGUGUCCGGAUUUUUAUCCUGUGUAUAUUAAUGGCACAAAUGGAGUUGACACUUCAGAUUUAGGCCCUGAUGUUAAGCAUGUCAUGAAGGCAAGCUUUAAUUCUCAUGACUAUUAUGUGCUCGGAAACUAUAUCCCUGAAAAGGAAAAAUUCUUGCCCGAGACUCAUUUUACUGGAGGUUUUUUGGACUUGAGGUAUGACUAUGGAAAAUUUUAUGCUUCUAAGACAUUCUUUGACAAUGUCAAAAGUAGGAGGAUUCUAUGGGGCUGGGUGAAUGAAUCAGAUAGCACAAAAGAUGACAUCCAGAAAGGAUGGUCUGGACUUCAGUCAAUCCCUAGGCAAGUCUGGCUUGAUACAAGAGGAAAGCAAUUAGUUCAGUGGCCAAUUGAAGAAAUUGACGCACUUCGCGGUAAGCGAGUCAGCAUCCAUGAGAAAAAGCUUAAAAAAGGGUCAGUUUUUGAAGUUUCAGGGAUCACUGCUUCGCAGGCUGAUGUUGAGGUUGUGUUUGAAUUGCCAAAAUUGGAAAGGCCCGAAUUCAUUGACACUAGUUCAGUUGAUCCUGUACACCUCUGUGAUAACAAACAUGAACCUAUCAACCACAGGUUUGGGCCGUUUGGUUUGUAUGCUUUGGCAGCAAAGGACUUGACAGAACGAACCUCCAUUUUUUUUAGGAUUUUCAGGGGACACAACAAACAUGUAGUUCUCAUGUGCAGUGAUCAAAGCAGGUCAUCGUUGAGAAAAAAUAUGGAUAAGUCCACAUUUGGAGCUUUUGUAGACGUUGAUCCUCAGCAAGAAAAGAUUUCACUAAGAAGUUUGAUUGACCACUCAAUUGUUGAGAGUUUUGGAGGGGGUGGGAGUGCCUGUAUCACCUCAAGAGUCUAUCCAAAGUUAGCAAUUGAUGAUGAAGCUCACUUGUUUGUUUUUAACAAUGGUACCAUGAAUGUAACAGUCUCAAAACUGAAUGCCUGGAGCAUGAACAGAGCCUUGAUCGGUCAUCAAGAUAGCCUAAUUUAGAGGGCAUAUGGCCAAAAGGAACUUCAGAACAAUAAGGCAUUUGUACUUUAAUCAAACCACAUAUGUAUUUGUUCAAGCCAUUGGAAUAAGAUCUACUGGCCUAGAUUGCUGUCUUGAAUUUGUAUGUGUACUUGAUUUAAAAUUUAUAAAAGCAACUAUCUUCAUAUAA